AUGAAGAUGAAGGAGAUGGCAGCUACUAGUCUUUGUUGGGCAAAGAGUGUGCAGACUCAAAGUUUUAAAACUGGCGACAUGCACAUAGAGCUCAGGGACAAUGGCACCCCAGUGUAUUGGAGGCAAAUUAUCUCUAACAAUUAUGCUAGACCUCGCGCUUGUUUUAUUCUUUGGCUUGCUCUAUGGAACCGCCUACCAACUAAGGAUAGACUUGAGAAAAUCAAUGUGGUUACUGAUGGACUGUGUGUUUUCUGUGGUCAGAUUGAAAGUAUCAAUCAUCUGUUUUUUGUUUGCAGGCAUUCUCAGGUCAUCUGGCAAACGAUGCUCAAUUGGCUUGGUUAUACAAGGGCUAGUGGGGACUGGAUUCAAGAGAGUUCUUGGGUGAGCCUGGAAGUAGAAAAAAAGGGGUGGAAGCGGAAGAUUCUAAAGAUGAUUACUGCUGAAGUUGUAUAUCUUAUCUGGCAGGAUCGAAAUGGGAGAAUAUUCAACAAGCAUAAUCAGAAUUGUGAUCUUGUUGCUCUUGCCAAAUACAUGGUGAUCAGCCGAGCAAUUCGCAGAAAAGAGUUGGCUAGACAUGUCAAUUUAGAAUCUUUGGUAAUUAGUUAA